AUGAGCCUCACGACGUGCAAAGCGGCCAUAGCCCUCGAGGCCUGUGUGGGCAGAGCCCCCAUCCAACGUGAGCUCGCGCUACCCGUGAGGAGGACAGCGCAGGCGCACUGGGGCCGCGCGCGGAAACCUGGGAGCCGCCCGGGGCUGGGCGGCCUAGGGCGCGGGCCCAACGGCCAACGCGGCCGCGCGGGAACUCGCGCGCCAGGCCCCGCCCGCGGUUUGAACCUGAGGCCCCGCCCCCGCCCCCGGCCAAUCAGCGGGCGGGGCGGCCGGCUCCACGGCGACCCUUUGUGGGCGCUGCGUGGCCCCGCCCCUGGCCCCGCCCCUCCCGGCAGCUCCUCCCUCGGCGGCGGCGCGGGUUGCGCGGGCGGCGCAGUCGCUGGCGGACAGGAACGUCUCCUUAGCUUUAACUUAACUGGGGAGUCUUUUAAGGAGGAGAAACCCCUGACGUGGUUUCUCCACGUCCCCGGGCUCGCCGCGGGGAAUCCCCCACGCUGUCUUCUUGCCUUGGACUUGGAAGAGGGCAAGAUGUUCGCGCGCGGGCUGAAGAGGAAGUGCGCGGAGGAGGAGGCGCCCGCCGACCCCCUGCAGCGCCAGUCGCUCCUGGACAUGUCGCUGGUCAAGCUGCAGCUGUGCCACAUGCUGGCGGAGCCCAACCUGUGCCGCUCGGUCCUCAUCGCCAACACGGUCAGGCAGAUCCAGGGGGAGAUGACCCAGGACGGGAGCUGGCGCCCGCCCGGGCCCCAGACCCCGGGGCGGGCGCCGCGUGACCGCCUGGUGUCCACGGAGCUUCUGUGCCGCUCGGCUCGGGCGGGGCCACCCCCGGCCCCCGGCCCCGCAGACCUGGCCUCUGCGCUGCAGGCGGCCCCGGCAGCACAGGCUCCCGGAGUUGUGCCAGGAGGCCCCUGGGACAGGGCCGGCCCCGGAGAAAGCCGAGGGGGCUUCCCCAGGUCUCUCGAUCAGGUGUUUGAGACGCUGGAGAACCACGGCCCUGGCGCCGUGGAGGAGCUGUUUUCCGAUGUGGACGCCUCCUACUACGACCUGGACGCCGUGCUGACCGGCAUGGUGGGCGGCGCCAAGUCGGGCCCGGAGGGGCUGGAGUCCUUCGCCUCCGCGGCCGCCCCACCCCCUGGCGCUGGCUGCAAGGCGGACCUGGGCGAGCUGGACCACGUGGUGGAGAUCCUGGUGGAGACCUGAGCGGCGGCGGCGCGGUGCGUCUCUGAGACUCACGGAAACAGCCGGUGUGCGAGGUUGUGGGUGCCGGGGGCCCACCUCUGUGAUCGGGAGAGCCCCCGGAGCAGCGUCCGGCAGCCCCGCCCUCCCAGGGCCGGCGGCUUUCCCGCGGGCGGUCGUGCCGCCCUGGGCCCUGACCGGUGCCCUGAGACAGCCCCGCCAGAGGAUGCCAGCCGCAUCCGGCCUCAUCCAACUUCAGAUGGGUGAAUUUUCUAAAAUUAAGUUUUAUAUGUUUGAGGCAAUAUUUUGUCUUAAGAUACAUUUUUUAACUUUUUAUACUUUGAUCACUAGAUUUUUUUUAGCUAUUUUCUUAAAAGUAUAUUUUUUCUAUAAACAUGGUCUGCUGCUACAUUAGAAACUUAGAGCCUAAACAGUUGCAGUCGGUGUAUUUCAUUUUUUUAAGGUUUAAAGAACACUGUUCUUUUUACAAGGAGCAUCACUGCCUUGAGUCUGCAGUGUCCACGCGUUGUGAUUUCCACUCUGGACUUGGGUGUGAGCCUUGCCUGUAGGCCCUGCUGCGGUCCGAGCGAGGUCCGGGUCAGAGGCCUUGCACGUGAUGCCUUUACCAGAUCUGCUGCAUAACCAUGUGUCUGUUGGACUGCAGUGUGGGUUCUGAAGGGUUUAUUCACCAGAUCUGCCUCGUGACCACGAGUCUGUUGGACUGCGGUGUGGGUUCUGAAGGGUUUUAUUUAUGCCUGUUUAUGUGUAAGUGUCUUCGGGGCUGAAAGUCAGGUGCGCUCUGCCUGGAGACCACUUGUACCCGAGGUCUCGGGUGGUGCCUCCGAGGGUCUGCGUCUAGGGACCCCUCCUGCACAGGUUUCCCAGCACAGCCAAGCUUCCUCCUACAGUUGCUGUCCUCCAACACCCCUGCCUGGCCGGCUGCUGGACCCCCACACACUGGGCCCACGCACGCAGAGGCUGCUGUGAGCCGCCAUGUUUGGGGAGGGCGUCUGUGCACCACUGCGUUGGAGGGUGUUCACAUAUGCUCCUUUAAACCGGUGCUGGGACAGAAUCUUAAGCUUGAACUUAAGUCUAGGACUGAAGGAGUCUGGACAUGUCAUUACUGUGGCUCCUCCGUCUUGAGGGUCGUUGACGGUGGGCUGGGCUGUGUGUCCUGUGCCCGGGCACCCAGACCGCCCACAGCGUUUAGAUCUUUAUCACUGGUUUACAAGUGAGUCUGUUCACUCCCCACUCCACCCCACGUUUCCCACUUCUCGUGCUUUUUCUUCCUCCUCCAGCCCUUACCCAAGAAGACUUGUUUGCUUAGUAUCAGCGAUUACACCUCAUUUUAUUAAAGAGUUAUCUAACAGA